AUGCAGAAUUCGCCUUUUCCUUCCUAUCAUAAUGUCGCGCAACUGGCGGCGAAUGUACCAGACUACGACGAACGGGCCAUUGAAAUUCUACUUUUGCCCGAGAUCCAGGAACUCGUCAACCGCGUCAUCGAUCUAUCUGAAUUGGAUUUCAAUGGACGAAGGCGCCCAAACGUGACUGCCUUCACCCUUUUCUGUAGGGUGCGUCGCCUUGGAUGCAGGGCAGGCUGGUCGAAGAUGACGUGGGACGAGAGGAAGCCGUGGUAUAUGGCGUCGGACACCAUCCGUGCCUAUUGCAAGCUCGAUGAACCGCUUCCAGCGAAGAAACAGAGAAACAAAUCUAGGGAAUCUCCUCGAGAAAUGGGGGUUGGCGAUGUGGAGACUUCGGCGCACGUCCAAGGGUCUCCGAGACACGAAAUAGGUCAUGGCGCCUCUCCGACACCUCCUUCGGCCAUUGAUUCGGCCGGUGAUUCAGCUACGAAUGACGCGUCUCUACCGCACGCACUUUCGCCCCGCAGAGACAGCUGUUCUCCAAUGGUGUUAUCUCCACCUCUUCGAGAGCUUUUGGACUCGGACGCCACCUCUGUUCAUCCAUCUAGCAGUCCACCAUACUUUGAUUACUCUGGAUCCUCUUUGCUUAUGUCCAGCGCAACGUGGCCGGCCUCCCUCGACACAUGGACGGAUCCUUUGUCGCCGCUUCGCAGUAUAGAUUUCCCCGAUUUCUCGUCGUCGAAUUCAGAACUGGAGACCGCACGGUCUGAGUACCGCGAUAUCCCAGGUUCAGCUGGCGAUAUUGUCAAGAUUUCCACGCCGGACACGGGAACAAUGGUCAAUGUACCAGGUUCUAUAGGUGCGUCAAGAGCAGAUUUGGCCUUCGUGGAAGAUUUUAUCCAAUUACUCUUUACACAAACCCCUCCACCUGAAGGCCAUUCUGAUACCACUUUCCGCGCCUCCAAUCCGCUGGACUUGUCGCCUUCCCAAGUUGAAGAUAGCUUAUUUGAGCAGUUCAUAGACUGCGAUCCAAUGGAAAUGGAUUUAGAAGUGUGA